GAUUCGCGCACCGCCCCGCUCAUCGACAGGAGCCGUGCAUGGAAGACGGCUAGAGGGGUCGCCACGCCGAGGAACAGGCUGUGACAUUUUUCUAUUCUUCUUCUUCUUCUUCUUCUUCUUCCUCCCUUUUCUCCUCCAGUGUCCGUGUUUGUCGUCAUCCGAAAAAAAGAAGCCCCAGACAAAUCUGUGGCAGCGUCGACGGCCGCAGACGCCGCCGUCUGUGCCAUGGCUGCUGGCGUGAAGGAGCCAGAAACCCGCUCGGAAUGAGACGCGCAACAACACUUGUCGUUUUUAUUGCGGAUUUAAAUGCCUCCGACCGCGGGACCUGCUGAUCUGCUCCGGUCCGCGUGCGCGCUGCCUCGUCCUUAUAAUAAUACUGAUAAUAAACAAUUCACAGGCUGCUGAGACCCGCACGGACUCCGUCGAGGGGGGGUGAACACGAUCUACAGCGAGGACCGGGGCUUUUUUUUUGUGUUUGUUUUUUUUACCCAGGCAAUAUGGCUGGUGAGCGGGGCUGGGGACGCUGGCACAGGCUCUCCUCCAAGGCUCCUAAAUGCUAGCGGAGGCAAAUGGCCCCGUCCCCCAUGGAAGCGACAGCUCUAUGAGGACAAGCAAUAUCAAUAGUAAUAUUCCGAACCGGGACUCCUCGAUCCUAAUCUCCAAGAUGGAAGACGUUGUCAUCCCGUUCUCGUCCGAGGUGCCCUGCGACAAUAAUGGCCAGCGCAUGUGGUGGGCAUUCCUCGCCUCGUCCAUGGUGACGUUCUUCGGGGGGCUCUUCAUCAUCCUGCUGUGGAGGACCCUCAAGUACAUGUGGACUGUCUGCUGCCACUGCAACGUCAAACACAAGGAGGCUCAGAAGGUGAUCAACCCCGCCAGUCAUCAGUCAGCAGACAAGGGGAUCAAGGGCCCUGAUGAGAAGGAGGAAGUACCGAUGAGCGAGGUGGGAUGGAUGACCUCGGUCAAAGACUGGGCCGGCGUCAUGAUCUCGGCUCAGACGCUCACUGGCAGAGUCCUGGUGGUGUUGGUCUUUGCACUCAGCAUUGGGGCCCUUGGAAUAUACUUCAUAGACUCUUCAGAUCCUAUAGAAUCCUGCCAGAACUUCUACAAAGACUUCACGCUACAGGUCGAUAUGACCUUUAACGUCUUCUUCCUCCUCUACUUUGGCCUACGGUUCAUAGCGGCCAACGACAAGCUGUGGUUCUGGCUGGAGGUCAACUCCGUGGUCGACUUCUUCACUGUUCCUCCUGUGUUUGUCUCCGUCUACUUAAACAGAAGCUGGCUCGGUUUACGAUUCUUGAGGGCACUGAGAUUGAUACAGUUCUCGGAAAUCUUACAGUUUCUGAAUAUCUUAAAAACAAGCAAUUCCAUCAAGCUGGUUAACCUGUGCUCCAUCUUCAUCAGCACAUGGCUCACAGCUGCAGGAUUCAUACAUUUGGUGGAAAACUCGGGGGAUCCUUGGGAAAACUUCCAAAAUUCCCAGUCACUUUCCUACUGGGAAUGUGUCUACUUGCUGAUGGUAACCAUGUCCACGGUUGGCUACGGGGACGUCUAUGCAAAAACCACCUUGGGGCGUCUGUUCAUGGUCUUCUUCAUCCUCGGUGGAUUGGCCAUGUUUGCCAGCUACGUCCCUGAAAUCAUAGAGUUAAUAGGAAACCGCAAGAAAUAUGGUGGUUCCUAUAGUGCGGUUAAUGGGAGAAAGCACAUUGUGGUGUGUGGUCAUAUUACCCUCGAAAGUGUCUCCAACUUCCUCAAAGACUUCCUACACAAGGACAGGGAUGAUGUGAAUGUCGAAAUAGUUUUUCUUCAUAAUAUUUCCCCUAAUCUUGAGCUGGAAGCCUUGUUCAAACGCCAUUUUACCCAAGUCGAGUUCUACCAGGGAUCUGUUCUCAACCCUCACGAUUUGGCCCGUGUGAAGAUCGAGUCAGCAGAUGCCUGUUUGAUCCUGGCCAAUAAAUACUGCGCAGAUCCUGAUGCAGAAGACGCCUCAAACAUCAUGAGGGUCAUUUCAAUCAAGAACUAUCAUCCCAAGAUCAGAAUAAUCACGCAGAUGCUCCAGUAUCACAACAAGGCCCAUCUGCUGAACAUUCCGAGUUGGAACUGGAAGGAGGGUGACGAUGCAAUCUGCCUGGCGGAGCUGAAGGCAGGCUUCAUUGCCCAGAGCUGUCUAGCUCAGGGCCUCUCCACCAUGCUCGCCAACUUGUUCUCGAUGAGGUCCUUUAUUGAGAUUGAGGAGGACACAUGGCAAAAGUAUUAUCUUGAAGGCGUGGCUAAUGAGAUGUACACUGAGUAUUUGUCCAGUGCCUUUGUGGGCCUCUCGUUCCCCACUAUCUGUGAGCUGUGUUACGUUAAACUGAAGCUGCUACUCAUUGCCAUCGAAUACAAGUCGGAGCAAAGAGAAAGCAGCAUCCUCAUCAACCCCGGCAACCACGUCAAGAUGCAGGAGGGAACACUGGGGUUCUUUAUCGCCAGUGACGCCAAAGAAGUGAAGAGAGCUUUCUUCUACUGUAAAGCUUGUCACGAUGACAUCACCGACCCAAAGCGGAUCAAGAAGUGUGGCUGCAAACGACUGAUUUAUUUAAUGGAUGAAGUUAGACCAUCAUUUCAAAACCAGUCAGUUAAAACCACCGGCUGCACCCCUGCCUCCAUCACCUCAAAUGAAUUCCUCCCGAACGCCCUGCACCCCAACCAGGACCCCCUGGUCAGGCCGGGCACAAUCAACAUCCCCCUUGUUAAUAACCGUAAAGGAAGCCUGCUCCCCGCGGGGCGAGGGCCGCACCCCUCCAAACUGCGCUUCAGUAUCUCAGGCCCGGGAGACGUGACGGCCAGAUCCCUGGCUGAGAGUCGGCUGAAUCGGGCCCGCAGUCUGCCGGUGAAAUACCGCUACCAUCCCAGUAAUGCCAUGCUGCUCAGUCACAGUAGGCACUUUGAAGACGAGCACCCGUCGACGCUCUCGCCCAAAAAAAAGCAGCGCAACGGAGGGAUGAGAAACUCGCCCAACUGCUCGCCCAAGAUGAUGAGUCGACACGACCCACUUCUGAUUCCUGGAAACGACCAAAUCGAGAACAUGGACAUGAACGUGAAGAGGUAUGAUUCGACAGGGAUGUUUCACUGGUGCCCUUCUAAGGAGAUCGAAAAAGUCAUCCUGACCCGGAGUGAAGCCUCCAUGACGGUGCUGAGCGGCCAUGUAGUGGUCUGUAUAUUUGGGGAUGUCACGUCCGCCUUGGUGGGGCUGCGAAACUUGGUGAUGCCUUUAAGAGCCAGUAACUUCCAUUACCACGAGCUGAAGCCCAUAGUGUUUGUGGGCUCGCUGGAUUACCUGCGAAGAGAGUGGGAAACUUUACACAACUUCCCCAAGGUCUCCAUCUUACCUGGUACACCAUUAAGUCGGGCGGAUUUAAGGGCUGUCAACAUCAACCUCUGCGACAUGUGUGUAAUCCUGUCAGCCAAUCAGAACAAUAUCGAAGACGCCUCACUGCAGGAUAAGGAAUGCAUCUUGGCAUCGCUCAACAUCAAAUCUAUGCAGUUUGAUGACAGCAUCGGGGUCUUACAGGCUAAUUCCCAAGGUUUCACGCCUCCAGGAAUGGACCGGUCAUCUCCAGACAGCAGUCCAGUACAUGGCUUCGUGCGUCAGGCUUCCGUCACCACCGGAUCCAACAUCCCCAUCAUCACAGAACUAGCUAAACCUGGCAAACCACUGCCAUUGGUUUCACUCAGACAGGAAAAAGAGAGUGGAACCAACAUACAAAUGAUAACAGAGCUGGUGAACGACUCAAACGUUCAGUUCCUGGACCAAGAUGAUGAUGAUGACCCAGACACAGAGCUGUACCUCACUCAGCCCUUCGCCUGCGGCACAGCCUUCGCUGUCAGUGUGCUCGACUCCCUGAUGAGCGCUACAUAUUUCAAUGACAACAUUCUCACACUUAUCCGGACGCUGGUCACAGGGGGAGCCACACCAGAGCUGGAGGCUCUUCUGGCUGAGGAGAACGCUCUCAGAGGCGGCUACAGCACGCCACAGACGCUGGCCAACAGAGACAGGUGUCGCGUCGCCCAGCUAGCCCUGUACGACGGGCCGUUUGCUGACUUGGGGGAUGGUGGUUGCUACGGAGACUUAUUCUGUAAAGCACUGAAGACCUACAACAUGCUGUGUUUCGGAAUCUACAGAUUAAGAGAUGCACAUAUCAGUACACCAACCCAGUGUACAAAACGAUAUGUGAUCACAAACCCACCAUACGAGUUUGAGCUGGUGCCCACAGACCUGAUCUUCUGCCUCAUGCAGUUCGACCACAACGCUGGCCAGUCGCGGACAAGCCUCUCCCACUCUUCCCACUCUUCCCAUUCCUCCAGCAAAAAGAGCUCCUCCGUCCACUCCAUCCCAGCAUCCAACCGGCAGAACCGCAGCAGUAAGACCCGGGAGACCCGCGACAAACAGAAUGCAACAAGGAUGAAUAGAAUGGGCCAAGAAAAGAAAUGGUUUACAGAUGAACCAGAAAACGCCUACCCACGGAACAUUCAGAUCAAGCCCAUGAGCACUCACAUGGCCAACCAAGUCAACCAAUACAAAUCCACCAGUAGUCUGAUUCCACCAAUCAGAGAGGUCGAAGAUGAAUGCUGAACACCAGGUUUUCCUGCUGACUCAGCAGACAUCUGUAAGCUCUUUCCAGAGAGAUGGGACGAGAUCACCAGAGGGGGAGGGACGAUGAUGAUGAGGAGGAGGAGCAGGAGGAGGAGGAUGAUGAUGAUGAUGAAGACCGACACAUUUCUCUUCACUCAUUCUUCUAAUCAAGGGUUCGGCAGGAACCCCAACACUGGAUGGGACCUCCUAUGUGUAUACCUUUAAUGUUACUUCCAUGCUCUUGGACAUUUGUUUUAUUUAUUAAUGUAUCCAUAGAGAUGUACAUAAUGACAAUCAAGUAAGGAUUGUACAGCCCCUCCCCCCUAGCACUUUUUGGAAUUAUUUUAAGAGUUGACGAAGAAAAAAAAAAGAAAAGUACUUCCUGUAAUUCUUUGCAAUAGUUCACCUCUUCCUGUGACCAGACUCCACGGCUGUCGCGCCUGGUUACUGGAGGAUGAGGGUUGCCGCGAUAAACCGAUCAUAUCAUCUCCCAAAGAUUCGCCCAGAUGUCCAACCAGCUGGGGUCAUCAGCUUCAUACGUCCGGUCUGCUUCUUGUUCUAUUUGCACUAAAACUGGGAAGAAAAAAAAAAAAAAAGGUUUCUUUUGACACAACUGGAACCAUCCACCCCCCCUCCCUCCCCCAAAAGAAAAUUACUCAGAGGAAAGGAAGGAAGAAGGAAAGGAAGGAAGGAAGGAAGGAAGGAUUGCUUGGCUUCAGAGUUGUACUAACCUCGCUCUUAGGUCGUUAACACACCAUGACAUUGCUUAAGGUUUGUUACUUCCCUCGUGAGAGCGUUCCAGUCCUGCAGACAACGUCGCCACGCAAAGCAGUUUAGUCGACACACUCCGAGAGCGGUGCAGUGCGGGUGUGUGCUGGCUGAAAGAGAAACUCUGGUACCCACACGUCUUCUGCUGAUACGUCAGAUCAUAAAGCCUGAAACUGUCUCGAGCUCCUAUCAUAGCAUGAUAUGGCCUGAGCCCCCCCCUCCCCCCUCCCCCCUGUAACAGAUGCAGUGCAGUCGAUCAACCUGAGUACAUGAAGACGACGUGAAACUCCCGGUCCAACAUGGGUUCAGGAGCAUUUAUGUACACGCUGUGUGUUUGUGUGUGUGUGUGUGUGUGUGUGUGUGUGUGUGUGUGUGUGUUUGUUUGCGUGUGUGUGAGUGUGUGUGUGUGUGCUUGCAUCAUCCAUCUAGUGUUGUACUGAUCAGUGCCGUCGCCCCCCCCCCCCCCCCCCC